CUCCUAUUCACUCUUCAUCUCCAGCAUGCGCUCUGCUACAGCACUCGCAGCCCUUUCUCUCGUCGUCAGCUGUAUCGCUGUACCCAGCUUCCUUCUACCUGCCUCACCUGCCGGACUGGCAGCCCAGGCUAUAGAUACCGCCCAGUCAUGGUUGCACGGUGCUAUACAACAGGCCAAGCAUGAUUGGCAACAGAUCGAAGAGGGCAAAGUCGAAGGCUUAAAGGUGGAGAGUGUGUCUAUGGAAGGGAUAGAAUACCUUUCCCUCACACACCCAGCUUUUCCCCUCCACAGACUCCGAGUGGUCGAACCGGAACUGUGCGACCCUACCGUCAAACAACUCUCCGGAUACCUGGACAUAUCAGAAACCAAACAUCUCUUCUUUUGGUUCGAAGAAUCUCGGAAUGAACCUUCCUCCGAUCCUUUGGUUCUAUGGCUGAAUGGAGGACCGGGCUGUUCUUCCACCACGGGAUUGUUGUUCGAAUUGGGAGGAUGUAACAUCGCAAAUGAGGGGAAGAAUGUGACGUGGAAUGAACACUCGUGGAAUAACGUCGCCAACGUUCUUUUCCUUGAUCAACCAGUGAACGUGGGAUAUUCUUACUCUGACGACGAAACUGUCAACAAUUCCCCUGCGGCUGCCGAAGAUGUGUAUGCUUUCCUCAUGCUCUUCAUUUCCAAGUUUACGGAAUAUGCGGAACAAGAUUUCCAUGUGGCGGGAGAAUCAUAUGCGGGCACAUAUAUCCCGAACAUCGGCAGCACUAUCUUCAGACACAACACGGCCCUUUCUCUGGCGCCUGUGCCCACAUUGCCCAUCCUCAACUUGAAAUCCCUCUUGAUUGGUGAUGGCGUUACAGAUCCUUACAAUCAAUUCGGUACCGUCGCAGAGUGGGCGUGCUACGGUCCUUACGCUGUAUACGAUCCAGCUGGUCCCGAAUGUGCUGCCCUUCCUGCCAAGAUUCAACGGUGUCAAAACCUCAUCUCCGCGUGUUACCGUACCAACUCUCGAUUUGCUUGUGUGCCCGCGGGGAUCUAUUGCUAUUCCGCCAUCUUUGGAGAUCUGCAGGAUCUAGGAUUAAACAUGUACGAUGUUCGACGCAAGUGUGAUAAGAGCAAGGAUGCAGAUGGACCUUUAUGUUACCGGGAAAUGGGAUGGAUGGAGACUUAUAUGAACGAGCCUAAGAAUAAGCAAGAACUCGGUGCUCCUGCUUCGGUGACUUUCCAAUCUUGCAAUAUGCAGAUCAACCAGAAUUUCUUGCUUCAAGGAGAUGGAAUGCACAAUUCUGCGGCUUUACUACCUGAAUUGAUCGAAGCUGGUAUAAGGGUUUUGCUGUACGCUGGUGAAGCUGAUAUGCUUGUCAAUUCUAUCGGCUGCGAGUCCGUCCUUGCCAACCUUGAGACCUCGUAUGCUGCAGCGUACAAUUCUGCCAAAGUGAACAAUUUCACCGACUCUGAUGGAGAGGUGGUAGGAUGGACCAAGGCGGCGGGUGAUGGAUCGGGUAACGUUGCGUUCGUAUCAUUCCAUAACGCUGGACAUAUGGUACCUCAUGACGACCCUGUAGGAGCAUUGACCAUGUUCUCCAAAUGGUUGAAGAAUAAGCCUUUGGCAUGA